GGCGGGAAGGAGCUGAGGGGAUGAUGGCCGUGAGGGGAUGGCCGUCCAUCCGCCCGCCCGCAGCUGGGAGGAUGGAGUCUGCCGCCGUACUCCUGCCCGGGUCCUUUGAACCUGAGGAUUGUUAUGUAACAACACUUUCAUAUGAAACUUGAAAAUGGCUUCAAGAGGAACAACAGAGACCAGUAAACUGAAACAAAACUUGGAAGAACAGUUGGACAGGUUAAUGCAGCAGCUUCAGGAUCUGGAGGAAUGCAGAGAAGAGCUAGAUGCAGAUGAGUAUGAAGAGACCAAGAAAGAAACUCUGGAACAGCUGAGUGAGAUCAAUGACUCACUGAAGAAGAUUAUGUCUGGAGAUAUGACAUUGGUGGAUGAGCUCAGCGGCAUGCAACUGGCAAUACAGGCAGCCAUCAGCCAAGCAUUUAAAACUCCAGAAGUAAUUAGAAUGUUUGCAAAGAAACAACCAAGGCAAUUGAGGACAAGGUUGGCAGAGAUGGACCGAGACUUAAUGGUUGGGAAGUUGGGACGAGACCUGUACACACAGCAGAAAGUUGAAAUCCUGACUGCCCUCAGGAAGCUCGGUGAGAAGCUGACACAAGAUGAUGAGACCUUCUUGUCAGCAAAUGCAGGUGCAGCCCUGAGCCAGUUUGAGAAAGUCUCCUCUGACCUCGGAUCAGGAGACAAAGUCUUCGCUCUAGCAAGCUUUGAAGUAGAGAAGGCAAAGCAAUGAAGAGGUGUGUGAGACUUGAGUCUCUCCCAUUGUCAGCAGAAUUGGACUUGGGUCAUAUUGUAAUUGUUCGGGUUUUUUUCUAUUUUUAAGAUGUUGCAAAAAACUUAACAACCCAUCAACAAACCUUCAGCCUCUUGGGUUCUUAAUGAGAAGAUAUGGAGUCAGCAGCCUUAAAGUGCACUUUGGAACACGUGUCUGUGUAAGUUCUGAGCUUAAACACGAAGUGGUACUCUGAAAACAAAACCAUCUUAUGACUGUCUUUGAAAAGAAUCAGCUAUUUUCAGCUUUUCUGAAUGUGUAUUUCUCUAACUAUUAAAACAUACACCUUUUGCAUAUUGUUGUAGCAAGCAAUCUUUUUCAGGAACAGUCCUAAAGAAUAAGUUAUUUGGGGGUGAUUACUGUAGUUGCUCACAAACUCUUAAAUUUUGUUCAGGCUCCCUACUAAGUAUUUUACACGAGGAAUUUUCUUAUUUCAAACCUUGACUGGUUUAUUUGAAAUACCAUCUUUCUCCAAACUGUUUGCAGAAGAACCAAAAUGAGGCUGUAUGCUGAUGGUUGGCCCUGGCCUACUUGUUUGCUGUGCACAUGAAUGAGUGCCAUUGUGUACCGGCCUUGAUUGACAAACAAUGGAAGCCCUGUGGGGAGACUUCUGGAGUAAUUUAACCUUGUGUAUUGAAAUGACAGGGCAUCACUGGGGAAUGGCAAUGAGAAAGCCCUUUCUGUUGACCUCUUUCUUGAGCUCUGGGUGUAGAACUGCGUGCUACCGUUACUUCCCAGGAUUUCUGAGACAGCACAGAAUAGCUUUAAAGUAGAAACAAGUUUUUUUUAAUUAAAAAAAAAAAAAAAAGAAGGGAGAAAGCUCUCAUUACAUAAUUGGUGCAAGUGUAGCUGUCUAAUUAUCAGGUGGUGCUGCUGUGCAGGGGAAGGUCAGUGCCUCCACAGGGAGGUUAGAAUCCUGAAUAAUUUCAGAGCGAAGGAGGAUUUAAAAUCUCGUCACGUUUUUAGCUCUGAUUGUGGGGAAUGCUGCUUGGGACUUUAGAUCUGUGACUUUUUGACAAACUAUGCUUCGUAUUUCUUUGUAAAAUCAGUAUGAAGUAUCUUUUUCUUACAGUACCGGCGCCUUCACAUUGUCAUUCCAUAGUUGUUAGUACUGAAUUAGUUGAGCUCACUGGAAACCUUGUAUUUUUUGGGGUUUUAGAGUUUGCAUUUCAAGUUUGCUUUACCCUUGGCAUACAUUCAGGUGCUGAUCUAAUUAUAUCAGGAAAAACAACAAAGUGUUUCUUAAUUGAAUUUCAUACUUGUUCUCCUUCUUAUUCUACCCUACCACUAGUUAGAGAAAUGGAUAUAGAUGGGAUCUGUAGGAAUGAAGGUGACCUGCUGUUUUGAGGAAUCCUGUAGUAAAUAUAGCAGAACGUAGAUGCUUUACCUACUGUGUGGGUAUCUCAGGCCUUUCUGCCAGCCCUGAGCCUCAGUGAGAACUGCCAUUAAGCCAAGUGCGAUGAAUAAAGUCUUAAAUUUCGAUGGCCCACUGGCAGUGUUAAUGUCUGCCACUUAGAAUAAGUGGGUAGCAUGAAUUAUAAGCAGAAAAUUAACAUGAUCAGUCUUAAUUUAGAUGGCACUUACAGGAAAUGAAUACAUUGUAAAUAAGUUUGUCUAAUUGUAAGUUAGGACCUGGAGUCAAGUAAAGCAGAAAAUGGGAGUUUUAAAGUACUUUUGCUAUAACAGAUAACGUUUUGAAAUCUAGUCUUUUAGAAGUGGAAGAAUACACAGGAUGGACUGCAUAAUUUGUGUCUUGAACUAAUGGAUUUCUUUUUUUUCUGUUUUUUAAGAAACUUUUGUUUAGAUGGGCUCUUUUGUGCACUAUAUCAGAAUUGUUUUCCUGUCUGGGGCAGAAUUAUCUUCUCCGACAAAGGCUGACUGCAGCUUUAUGGCUGAGAGCAGCUUAUUAAAGGCAUUAUUAGACAGUCUAAAGUUAUUAAAAACAAAACAGUCCAUGGGGACUGUAGCUGCCUUCUUUUUUUUCUGCUCAUUACUGGUGCUAAGUAACUCUUUUCCCUCUCCCAAACUGCUUGCAGUAUUAGCAUGUAAAUGAAAUCUCUCAGCAAUCCCCCAGAUCACAAUAAGUUUACUGUGCAAUUAAAUGGAAAUCUUUCCUUGCAGUUGUAGGGAGGUGCACGUUUCUAGAGGAAACUUUCAAAAUUGAUUUGCAAACACUUCAGCAUUUAUUUAUUUUUUCAGUCUUCCUGCACUGUGGGCAGUUGUAGAGUUACCAUUCAACUGAGCUUUGACUCAGUAUCUUCUUAAUGUUAUACUACUUCUCCUCUUGAAAAGAUCCUUUGUGAUUUAGGUGUGCAAAGAUGAGGCAGAGGAAUGACCAAGAUUAUUGAAAGAUUCAGCUUAGCAGGCCAAACUUCCCUUCCAGAAGGCAUAGCUCUCACCCAGAGGCUGGUUAUUACCUGUGGGAUGUCUUGGCUAUACAUGUAAUUUAACCGAGGAAGGUGUUGCCAAUAUGAAGCUAUUUAUAUGUUGGCCCUAGCAGAUAGUUCUUUAAGGCAACCUACUUGAAGUGGUUAGAUGAAUUGCAGAGGUGCAGAGAAGUAAUUGGUGUGCUGUGCUGAAAAUGUAGCCAAAUAAUCUUGAGAUGUACCACCAUCAGUGUAUCUGAUGUUUCUCCAGGGGCUGGGAAAAAAAGAAACCAUGUUCUAUUUAUUAUAAUAAUCACUUGCGCAAAUAAAAACUUGUUACAAAAGAAAAAGCUUCUAGAUGGAAGUGUGAUUUUGUGGUUUAAUGUACAAGCUUGUGAUGUUUGAGUGCCGUCCUUGUUUCAGCAUUAGACCCGGGCAGAUCACUGAUUCUCUAGGCAUCUUUUUCUCCCAGAGUAAAAUACAGAUUAUGAUACUUGACAAUCAAGUGCUGUGAAGCUGUCAUUGAUCAUACGUUACUUUGAAGAUUAAAAGUGCUUUGUUUUUUGUUUAUCAUUUUACUUCUGAAAUAAAAAUUGCAAAGUUCAGUAGCUUUAAACACAUUCAGCAAAGUUGCCUGGAGUUCUUUUAGGCCGUGUAUAACAUCCCUUUUUUCAUCUCCUUUCUCUAUAGGGUGAAUCUAGAGGUUGUACUGAGCUAAAAAAGAGAAGAAAUGUUAGAAAGCAAAGUGAAGCUUCAAAUGCUCUGUUUUUGUCUCCUUGUUCUCCUUCCUUCUUUGAUCUUAAACGGAGAAGCAAUAAGUUACCUUUGUCUUAAGAGGUCUUGUAUUUUUCCUUUAAAAUCCCUCAUUAGUUUAUCAGGUUACCUUUCCUGUUAAAAUAUAGUUCAUUUUGAUAGAAAAUUCCAACUUGGUAAUGUCUAAGCUCAUGUUUUCAACAUGCCUCCAAAAAUGGGUCAGUAACAAUCACAGAUGUGUUGAAAACCCCCAGGCAGAGCCACCCGCAGAAUCCAAUGUGAGAGCGUUAAUGUCUGGGUAAAAAUCUGUUCUUUUGUUUAUUCAGUUAAUAUCCUUGUAAGAAAGAGCCUGAAAUUAAGCUCUGUAAUGUUGUUAUCAUAUAAAAGUGUACUCUGCAGCUUUGUAAAUACCAAGUGUAAUGGGGGAAUAGUUCUGGUUUGGAAUAAAGCAUAGGGCUGGGAAGGUUUGCCACUGUACAAAUGAAACCCAGAUUAAUAAGA